AUGACUCUGGCCAUUGCUGGUUUUGACGUUGCCCAGGCCCCGGCCAUUCCGCCGGAGGAGGGGGCUGCCAACAAGUGGCUCCAUUUCAUCCUUCCACCCAGGAGCUCCAAAGGGCUUCCGGAAAGUGAGAAGAAUGCCGCAUUUCCUGUAGACACCAUUUUUGAACGGGAUGUGGCGGUCACCAUGAGAGAUGGCGUCAAGCUCUAUUGUGAUAUCUUCCGUCCUAAGGGCCGCUCUAACAUUCCAGCAAUUCUCAUCUGGAGCCCGUAUGGUAAAGGUGGCAAUGGGCCUCAUGGGUUACAUAUGAUUGAAGGUCGAUUUGGGGUCCCAGAAGAACGAUUAAGUGGAUAUGAGAAGUUUGAGGGCCUUGACCCUGCCGACUGGGUUGGUCAUGACUACGCAAUCAUUAACUUUGACCUGCGCGGAUGUUGGAACCCGAAGGCACCAUCCCGAUCUCAAGAUGGUCGAGAUGGCUACGAUGCGAUUGAGCAUGUGGCUCAGUUGGACUGGUGUAACGGAAAGGUGGCGCUCGCUGGCAACAGCUGGCUAGCCAUGUCUCAGUGGUUCAUUGCGGCGGAGCAGCCUCCUCAUCUGGCCGCCUUUGCCCCAUGGGAGGGAGCCAGUGACUUCUACCGGGAUACACUUUGCCGCGGUGGCACACCCUAUCCUUAUCAGCGGUUUUGGAAGAUUCUUGAAUCAUCGAUGAUCGGUCGGGGCCAGGUAGAGGCAAUCACCGAUAUGCUCACUCGGUAUCCGCUGUACAACGAGUACUGGGAGGACAAAAGAGCUAAACUGGAUCGCGUGAAGGCUCCGUGCUACGUACUUGCCAGUUACUCGACCUCUCUUCAUACCAGCGGCUCGAUCGGGGGAUACAAUGCCUUGGAUGCCAGGAUAAAUGAUGAAAGCACAGAGGAUCUUCGCAAGUUUUUGGAUUUCUACACCAAGGAUAUCCAAAAUGACUGGCCAGCGACGCCCCGGAUCCGGGUUUCUUUAUUGCCUUUUAAUGAGGCACCGAUUGACAAUAAACCGUUUCCGGCGUAUCCCGUGCCCCAGACUCAAUAUACCAAGCUGUUCCUGACCGAGAGCGGCGACCUCUCCCCUCAACCACCCUCCUCGUCGUCUGAGUUGUCUUAUCUAUCGGAUUUUGUCCCCACAAAGCCCGAUCACAAUUCCGAGGAACUCAUCUUUACCUACAAAUUCGGAAAGCCAACCUGGCUGCUCGGAUACAGCAAGGUUAUUCUACACCUCUCGGCAGAUAUCCCGCAAGACUUGGACGUAUUCGUCCAGUUGCGGAAAAUGGACAAGUCUGGGGCAAUUUUACAACACAUGAACGUACCACUUAAACAACUGGUGCCACCCAAACGCAGCCCUGACGAGGUGUCCAAUACUUGCUUCCUCAAAUACCUUGGGCCCACAGGGGCUCUCCGAGUCACUCACGCUAGAACCAAGAUUCCUUCUUCUGACCCGAACGCAUGGCCAAAGUAUCGCAAUGACAAAAAAGAGGCCGCCGGUAAAGGCAGGUCAAGUAUAUCGCCUAGAAGUUCCUAUUUGGCCAGCUGGCAUUACUUUUGA